AUGGGUUGCGGCGCCGCACCAAGCUGUACCGUAGGUGAGACGGAGAGUGUCUCCUACACUAUCGGCUUCAGUGCUACAGCCACUGUAGAUGAAUGGCUCACUGGUGGCUUUGACGUGUCUGUGAGCUGGACAACAGGAAACACGUAUUCCUGCACUGGCGCCUCCGGCGACACCGUGUGCGUCUGGUACAACACGGCUCAUACCGCGUACACAGUCGAGAAUGUUGAAUAUUACUGCGGUGGCCCUGAGCCUCCCGGUCCUCCCUUCGUUCUGUUCUCGCCCAAUUCCGACAACGUUGGUGGUGGGUACUAUUGUGUUGUUGGCACCUGCCGCUCGCAGGGCUCGCAAUAUUGGGACUACAGCGGCCCUGCUGGGGGCCCGCAAUAA